AUGGUAGCAUUCAAGGCAGUAACCCCAAAGAAGGCCAGAGUUGCCGCAGAUGAACCCUUGGAGAAGGGUGUCCUAAGAUUCCUUGUCAGCAUAGGUGCAUCAUAUACUACAAGACCUGAAUUCUUGACAGAUAUCGUCGAUUCCACCACCGAAAUCAUCGAUACUGUUGGAAACAAGUACGAAAGUACUCAAUUCGGUUAUUUGAACAUCAAGACUAACGUUAAGGACUUAAAGAUCAAGACUUAUGUUAUUAAGAGCCCGGAAGACAAAGAUGACGUUGUGGUUCUUUCUGAAUAUGAUUUAAAACCUUAUGAAAUAUUCGCUGAAUAUGGCCAAGAAGGUGCCAAGUUAUCCAUGGGUGAAGAUGCUAAGUUCGUCAUCGGAUUGACUGUCACCAGUAAUUUGAGAUUCUUAGAAGUGGAAUUGGUUGAUGACAGUGUCUCCAAGGAUGAGGCUAAGAAGUUUGCCGAUUUCGAAUUUCCUACCGAAAAGCAAAGAGAAGGUGGUUUCAUGUUUACUCUAUUCAAUAAGGUAGAGGAAGACAAGAGAAGGAAGGAUGCUGAACAGCAGAUGAAUGAGCAAAUAGAAAAAAUGAUGAGAGAUGCUGCUAAACAGUGA